GUUAAACUCCCCACCAACUCCACGUUACGGAUUUAUAUCCCGCGCGCAAAUCCGGUAUUUUCGUUCCUCCACGUCACUUUAGUUAAUAUUAAGUCCCAGUAAUGGACACGUGUUCAAAUUUUACCGGUCCAAAUUCGACGACUAUUUAAACUCCCCCGGUUAAAUUUUGGUAAUUUCAAUAUUAACCUCCCACUAAACCCUAACUCCUCCAACAUACUCUCCCCCUCCUUCGACCUCCGAUUUUCACUUUGAUUUUUCCUUCCAAUUAUUAUUACAAAUCUAUUUUAACCUAAUUUUUUUAAUGUUUAUUAUUGAUAACUUUGAUCUCGUACUCAAAUUUUGAAAAAUACGACAGUUCGUAGUUUUCUGUUUGGUUGCUGAGAAAACGAAGGAAAAGGGUUUUUUUUUGGUUAAAUUCAUAAUUUAAGGAGAAUGGUCUACUGUAAUAAUUGUUCCAGAAACGUUUCUGGAGAACGCUUCUAUGAUGGUCCUUUGUGUUGUAAUUUUUGUGGGAAGGUGUUGGAAGAAUACAAUUUUUCGUCUGAACCGCAAUUUGUUAAGGAUUCAGCUGGCCAGAGCAAACUGUCUGGAAAUUUUAUAAAGUCUGUUCAAGAUAUUUCAGAUUCACGUAGGAGGACGUUGGAUAAAGCUUUUGAUGAUAUGAGAUGUAUGAAGGAUGCAUUAAGUAUUGAUGAUUAUAGCGAUGACGUCGUUGAAACUGCUAGCCGCUUUUAUGAAAUUGCCCUUGAACGGAAUUUCACUAGGGGGCGAAGGACAGAGCUAGUACAGGCUUCAUGUCUUUAUCUUGCAUGUCGGCAAAAGAGAAAGCCUUUCCUUCUUAUUGAUUUUUCAAGUUAUUUAAGCAUAAAUGUUUAUGAGCUAGGCUCUGUCUAUUUGCAGCUUUGCUAUGUGCUGUACCUUGCUGACACAAAAGAUCUUCAAAAACUAAUUGAUCCCUCAAUUUUUAUUCAUAAAUUUACAAAUGUUUUGAUUCCUGAAGGGAAUGAUGAAGUUGUCAAAACUGCACGGGACAUUUUAGCUAGCAUGAAACGGGACUGGAUGCAGACAGGGAGAAAGCCCAGUGGAUUAUGUGGUGCAGCACUAUACAUUUCUGCACUUUCACAUGGUCUGAAGUGUUCUAAGUCGGACAUUAUAAGGGUUGUGCACGUUUGUGAAGCAACAUUGACAAAGCGGUUGGUUGAAUUUGAGAGUACAGACUCUGGGAGCUUAACAAUUGAGGAAUUUACGGAAAAGGAGAGGGAGCUUCGAACUAGUUCAUUAACUAAAAAACAACCAAAUAUUGGGUCAAAAGAGGCCAGCGCGCAUGAGGUGCUCUGUAAGCAUAUGGACAGAAAACCUUUUGCCUACGGACUUUGUGAAGAAUGUUAUGAAGAGUUCAUGAAAGUUUCAGGAGGACUUGAUGGGGGAUCAGAUCCACCUGCAUUCCAGCGUGCUGAGAAAGAGAGAAUAGCAAAAUUAUCUAUCGAGGAAAAUGCUAAUAGGGCGUCAGGCAGCCCUUUUGCAAGUGGACCUGAAAAACCUGAAAGUAUUGGGGUUUCAGGGGGCACAACUAAAAAAGCAGCCUUUGAUGAGGGUGACAAUGAUAAAUUACCCGGAGUUGAUGGUAGUGGUGAUGAAUCAGAUAACUUUUCUGAUAUUGAUGAUUUGGAGGUUGACGGUUAUCUUCACAAUGAGGAGGAGAAGCGUUUCAAAAAGAUAAUUUGGGAAGAAAUGAACCGCGAAUAUCUUGAGGAACAAGCAGCCAAGGAAGCAGCCGCAGCCGCUGCCAAGGAAGCUAAUAUGGCCAACUAUGAUAAAUGUCCAGAGGAUCUCCAAGCUGCACAGGAGCUUGCUGCAGCUGCUGCAGCAGUAGUGGCAAAAUCUAGAAAGGAAAGGCAACAAAAGCGAGCUGCUGAAGCAAAAAAUUCUGGUCCUCCUCAGACCGCUGCAGAAGCGACCCGCCGAAUGCUGGCUAGAAAGAGACUAAGCUCAAAAAUCAACUAUGAUGCGUUGGAGAAACUAUUUGAUGAACCAGUUGCUUCUUCAGAGAAACCCAAGAAACAAAAGAACGAAUCACAUUCAGAUGAAAAGGAAGACAAGGUUUCCAAAAUUGGGAAAGAAGAAGGUGAUUUAGCAGACGAAUAUAACGAUGUGGAAGGGGAUGGAGGAGGAACAAAGUUUGACAAUAACCUCGACUUUGACAAUGAAGUCUAUGACUAUGACGAUGAUUAUGGUUAUGAUGAGUACUGACUGCGUCUUCGCCCCCC